UCAAUGAGUUAUGGGCACAUCGCACACUGGAGAGGUGCACUUCCCCUGGAGGGAUCGUAUGAGGGUGGCAGUGGGGUGUGCCGAGGCGCUAGCUGCCAUUCACGCGCACAAGUUCAUUCACCGUGACUUCAAGUCGGCAAAUGUGCUUCUGCGCGAGGAUCUCACUCCAGUGGUGGCUGACUUUGGUGUGGCUCGCACCAUAGAGGACUGGAAAACGCACGUUACAACAGAUGUGGUCGGAUCGGCUGGCUACAUCGACCCAGUCUAUUUCCAGAAUGGCCAACUAAGCCAGAAAUCUGACACCUACGCAUUCGGCAUCUUCCUGUUAGAGCUCAUUUCGGGUUUUCCGCCGAUCAGUGACCGUUUCCGACAGCUGAGGCACUUGAUCACACUAGGGAUUACAGAUCUCACUCCGGUGGUGGCUGACUUUGGUUUGGCUCGCACUAUAGAUGACUGGAAAACGCACGUCUCAACGAAAGUGGUUGGAUCUAUGGGCUACAUCGACCCAAUCUAUUUCCAGACUGGCCAACUAAGCCAGAAAUCUGACACCUUCGCUUUUGGCGUGUUCUUAUUGGAGCUGAUGUCUGGCUGCUGCCCCCUCAGUGCACAGUACCAGGAGUUGAGGCAGUUAAUAAUCUCCAAGGAUUUACCCGACCCUUUGUUGGUUAUGGACCCUGCUAUCGAGGGGGAGUGGGCAAGGAGGCCUGGAGAGGUGCACUUCCCCUGGAGGGAUCGUAUGAGGGUGGCAGUGGGGUGUGCCGAGGCGCUAGCUGCCAUUCACGCGCACAAGUUCAUUCACCGUGACUUCAAGUCGGCAAAUGUGCUUCUGCGCGAGGAUCUCACUCCAGUGGUGGCUGACUUUGGUGUGGCUCGCACCAUAGAGGACUGGAAAACGCACGUUACAACAGAUGUGGUCGGAUCGGCUGGCUACAUCGACCCAGUCUAUUUCCAGAAUGGCCAACUAAGCCAGAAAUCUGACACCUACGCAUUCGGCAUCUUCCUGUUAGAGCUCAUUUCGGGUUUUCCGCCGAUCAUCCCCCAGGGCGAGGAUCUCACUCCGGUGGUGGCUGACUUUGGUUUGGCUCGCACUAUAGAUGACUGGAAAACGCACGUCUCAACGAAAGUGGUUGGAUCUAUGGGCUACAUCGACCCAAUCUAUUUCCAGACUGGCCAACUAAGCCAGAAAUCUGACACCUUCGCUUUUGGCGUGUUCUUAUUGGAGCUGAUGUCUGGCUGCUGCCCCCUCAGUGCACAGUACCAGGAGUUGAGGCAGUUAAUAAUCUCCAAGGAUUUACCCGACCCUUUGUUGGUUAUGGACCCUGCUAUCGAGGGGGACCCGCCAGGGCGAGUCCGCCUAGGAGAGGUGCACUUCCCCUGGAGGGAUCGUAUGAGGGUGGCAGUGGGGUGUGCCGAGGCGCUAGCUGCCAUUCACGCGCACAAGUUCAUUCACCGUGACUUCAAGUCGGCAAAUGUGCUUCUGCGCGAGAAAACGCACGUUACAACAGAUGUGGUCGGAUCGGCUGGCUACAUCGAUCCAGUCUAUUUCCAGAAUGGCCAAUUAAGCCAGAAAUCUGACACCUACGCAUUCGGCGUCUUCCUGUUAGAGCUCAUUUCGGGUUUUCCGCCGAUCACAACGGAAAAUCUCUCACUUGCGGCUAGCAUUCCCGCAGCAUCCACCGCCUCCUGUCAUCAGUCCACCAAUUCCCCUCCCACCGCAUCGCUAUUGCGGUUCACUUCCUGUCAUUUCCUCCAUCUCUCCAUCCCAUGUCAGUGCCACCGCACCAUGCCGUACCGGAACAGCCUAAAACCUUCUCUCGUCACAUCAUCCCCUCACCGCCGAUUGUCCGCUCUGCUGAGCUUUCUCUCUUGCCCUUUCGUGCUCAUCUCCAGCGAGUCUCCUCAGGCAGCUAUUUUCCGCUGUGCUAAAGCGAGAGGGAUGCACAGCAGCUUGCUCUCCAGCCAACAGGGUAACGCGAGCCCUGCGGCUGACAUCCGAGCCGUAGAAACCCCCGCUGGGUCCAACCGAAGCGUCCCAGCUCGGUCGUUAGAAACCUCCGUCGGUCUUCACAGACGCGUGUCUCACGCCGCUUCCCGUGGCAGUAGGACUGGCGACGGGAACCAUUAUAGGGCGGAUGCGGAUGAUAGUGUUUCGUCAAAGUACGGUAUCGAGGAGGAUAAUGACGAGGAUGGCGAGGACGACGAGGGCGACGACGGAGCAACCGAGAACCUUCCGAUAUCGCUCGUCAUAGCGGCUCUAUUUCUAGACACUAAGGGGCAGUCAAGAACGCUGAUUAAGAAGCUCUGCUCUUUUGAUUCUUUCGCCAUCGGAGGGAGAUUUUUUGCUUUGCCCGGCGUAACGCAUACCGCAUCCUUCGUGAGACUGGGGAUCGGCUGGCUACAGACGCACCUUAACGUGCCUGUAAUGAGUCACGCGGAUGCUUAUACCGGCCACUCUUUCAGCGCGGAUGCGCUCGCCAAGGGCGAUUGCUGGAGGAAGGCGCCGUGCGGGUCGUGCAGCGUGUCGAUACCCAAGGAGCACGAGCACGGAAACGACGACCACUAUCUGUCUCGCCGCGUUGGAUCGAGCAAGCAGGUCCUGCCGCUCGUGGGCUUCGGAGCCAUUGCCAUCCUCGUGCUGCUCGUCCGCGGCGGCAUGCCAUCGCGAACCGCCCACCACCGCAUCUUUCCGUUCCCCAAGAUCUCUGCUACCACUGCGCUCGCCCAAUCAACGACUGCCGCGUGGCUCGAUCUCACCGCCCUCUUCUUCCUCUUUUUCGGGACUGCCGCGUUGACGCGAUUUUCCAUCAUCCACCUGAUUCGGCGGCAUCCGCAUCUGAGCCUCCCCCUCGCGGCGCUGCUUUCCGCCGAUCGCCGCAGCGGACGGGGGUGCGCGGGGGGAUCAUCCGCGUUCAUGCGCGACCUGUGCGGAAAAGCCGCUAAGAUGGGGCUCGGCGGAGGCUUCUGGCGCGCGAAGUGGUGGCAGGCGCAGCUAUCGCCUUCCCCACGCGGGAGGCGCAGCUCCGCGCAGCUGGGGGAGUGGACUUCCGCCACCUCCGCGGAUUUUCUGCGCUAUUUGCGACCCAGCGGCACUGGCAAGAAUUUAUCGAAGUCGGAAGAUACUGUAGACGAGAUAUGCCUUACCGUGAGGCGGUACACUAACGGGGAUAGAUACGAAGGGGAGACAUCCGACGGUGUAGCAUCCGGAAGCGGAGUGUACUAUUUCGACGAAGCUGCGGGGAAAUACGAGGGCGAAUGGGCGGACGGAAAAUACAGCGGAUUGGGUGUAGAAUCCUGGGAGAGCGGGAGCGUGUAUCGAGGCGGGUACAAACGGGGAUACCGGGAGGGGCGCGGGCUGUACCAGUUCCACACGGGGGACGCGUACGCGGGGGCGUGGGCGCGCGGGCAGAGCCACGGCGCGGGGAUGCAGAUGUGCAGCGACGGCAGCACGUACACGGGGCAGUUCUCCUAUGGGCUCAAGCACGGCUUCGGGAAAUACACUUUCAGGAAUGGCGACACAUAUGCGGGUGAAUACUUCCGAGAUGCCAUGCACGGCUACGGAGUGUACACGUUCAGCAACGGGCACCGGUACGAGGGCGCGUGGCACGACGGGUGCAAGCAGGGCCUGGGGCGCUACACCUUCUGCAGUGGGGACUCCCUCAUGGGGCACUGGCACCUGGGGGCGCUGCUCACCCGCUGCCACACAACCGCCCACACAACCGCCCAGACGACAGCUUCUGCUACUUCUGCUUCUGCUUAUACCUUUGACUCGAUUGCUGCUUCUGGCGAUGGAGGUGGCUCCUUCGCUGAUGGCUUGGCUGGGGAUGGUAUCCCAUUACCGUCCAGCCCAUCGUCCCUGUCGUAUUUUUCAGCAGCAGCGUCGCCAGUGACAUCACCUUCAGCAGUGGCAUCGACAUCACCUUCAGCAGUGGCAUCGCCAUCAGCCAUGAUAUCGCCAUCAGUGCUAGCAUCGCCAUGGGGCCCCGCGUGCCAGUCUCAAGCCAGUGGCCGCCCUUCAGUGGACCCAGCUAAAGUGCAAGCAGCUGUAGAGGCUGCACAGAUUGCGGAGAAGAGAGCAGAGGCACUGUCGGACUCAGAUGAGAGUUUAUCCGAAGUGGUGGCUGCAGCCAACCAAGCAGCUGCCACUGCCAGGCAGGUGGCGGCUGAAGCACGGGCUGUGGGGCCUCAGCCUGAAACCAAGAAUGACUUGCAAAGCAAGUCAAAAUUCAUGCUUUGAUCGAGCAAUUUCCAGAAGUUCCUGCCUUUUUUUUGUUUGCAAAUUUCUUCUGCCUGCAAGAUGCAGACGGGCAGAGGAGCAUGCCUUCAUUUGUUGGUAGUUUUUGUAUAUAAUUCAGAAGGGCAUGGCUCUGAACCAUACCAUGAAGUAUUGAUUUGUUUGACAAUAGC